UUAGCUCGGACCAAUGCAGACAGUUCUUACUUGGAAAAUUCUUUGAAAAAAAAAAGAAAAUCAUCUCUACUUUAUACCGCUGGCAUGGUCUGAAAUAUAUGUUCCAUUACCAUAGGCAAGAAUGUGGUCUCUAGAAAAUAGAAAAGGGGGAAAAAUGCACCAUAAAGCCCAAAAGGACUUUGCAGAUCUACUUGUUAGUUAGGGAGUUGAGCAGCUAUUUGCAUGUACUGGUAGUUGCAGCUAAAGAAAAAUUUCUCCCUAGAAUUUUCUGAGAUUCUAGACAGAGAAAAAACCAACAACUAUGAAAUUUAAGGACUGUUUAAGAGGCAUUUUUUAAAGCAACUCUUUUCCCACCUUGGGAUGACCCAAGGUCAGGAGGGCUCCCACCUCCUUGGGAAUGCAAGAGUCCGUGUUUGGGGCUCGUCUGAAUCCUGCUGUCUGGGAUCCUUCCGCAAGGGUUACAUUUUGUAAAUAAGAACAGACGUUGCUCUGUGGAACCUGGAGAGAGGGCUGUGGGCAGCAGCCUGAGACGUCCUGCCCCUCCCCUGAAACAACCGAGCUUGGCUUCUGUGGAAUCCUGGCUGUGGCUUUGCAAACGGAGCUGUGCACAUGCGUGCAGCGGCCGGAGAGGCCUGCGACUCAGAACCGGCGUGCACAGUCCCCUGGCACAGGGAGCCGGUCCCCCAAGAACCAGCCGACGGGCCACACUGAGGACAGCAAAGGGUAGAGGACAUGUUACAUCUGGAACAUUCUUGGGCCUGGCUGGCUGCAAUGAUGGGUGUGCUUCUCAGUUUGAAGCCCUCAGCCUGCAGGGAUUUACCUGUUUCCCGUCCAAACAUCGUUCUCCUGAUGGCAGAUGAUCUUGGUAUCGGAGACCUCGGCUGCUAUGGCAACACCACUUUAAGGACUCCAAAUAUCGACCGCCUGGCAGAGGACGGCAUCAGACUCACCCAGCACAUUGCUGCCGCGUCCGUGUGUACCCCAAGCCGAGCCGCUUUCCUAACAGGCAGAUACCCUCUCCGAUCAGGCAUGGUUUCCAGUAAUGGGUAUCGUGUUCUUCAGUGGACUGGAGUGUCUGGUGGCCUUCCAACAAAUGAAACAACUUUUGCAAAAAUAUUAAAAGAGAAAGGCUAUGCCACAGGACUCAUCGGAAAAUGGCAUCUGGGUCUCAACUGCGAGUCUUCCAGUGAUCAUUGCCACCAUCCACUCAGCCACGGAUUCGACCACUUCUAUGGAAUGCCAUUUUCCAUGAUGGGAGAUUGUGUCCACUGGGAAAUGUCAGAGAAGCGGGUAGCCCUGGAGCACAAAGUCGAGUUCUACUUCCAAAUCAUGGCCUUUGCAGCCCUGACGCUCACGGCCGGGAAACUCGCCCGCCUGGCCUCGUGGUCGUGGACACCGGUCAUCUGGUUGACCAUUGUGGCUAUCUUACUCUUUAUGGCUUCGUAUUUUGUGGGUGUCCUGAUCGUCCAUGCGGACUGCUUUCUCAUGAGAAAUCACACCGUCACCGAGCAGCCCAUGCGCUUUGAAAGGACCACGUCUCUUAUUCUCAAAGAGGUCUCCUCCUUUGUCCAAAGGAAUAAGCAAGGACCCUUCCUCCUCUUUGUCUCUUUCCUGCACGUCCACACCCCUCUCGUUACUACUGGGAAGUUUCUGGGGAACAGUCUGCAUGGUCUUUACGGGGACAACGUACAGGAGAUGGACUGGAUGGUGGGUCAGAUCCUUGAUACGCUGGACAUGGAAGGUUUGACCAACAGCACCCUCGUUUAUUUCACGUCAGAUCACGGGGGAUCUUUAGAGGCUCAAAUGGGAAAUAACCAAUAUGGGGGCUGGAAUGGGAUCUAUAAAGGUGGUAAAGGCAUGGGUGGCUGGGAAGGCGGCAUCCGGGUCCCAGGGAUAGUCCGCUGGCCCGGGGUGCUGCAGGCCGGACGAGUGAUCGGCGAGCCCACCAGCCUGAUGGACGUGUUCCCCACCGUGGUCCAGCUGGGGGGCGGCGAGGUGCCCCAGGACAGGGUGGUGGACGGCCGGGACCUGCUGCCCCUGCUCCUGGGAACGGCGCAGCACUCGGACCACGAGUACCUGUUCCACUACUGCGAGAAUUUCCUGCACGCAGCCCGGUGGUACCAGCGGGACAGAGGAACAAUGUGGAAAGUGCACUAUGAGACCCCCGUGUUCCAGCCCGACGGCGCCGGCGCCUGCUAUGGGAGAGCGGUCUGCCCAUGCUCCGGGGAGCAGGUGGCCCGCCACGACCCGCCUCUGCUCUUCAACCUCUCCAGAGAUCCUUCCGAGAUACACGCCCUCACGCCGGACACAGAGCCAUUGUUCUACCAGGUGAUGGAGAGGGUGGCACAGGCCGUGCACCAGCACCGCCAGAUGCUUGGCCAGGUUCCGCGGCCACUGGCUGCGGUGGACAACGUCUGGAGGCCGUGGCUGCAGCCGUGCUGUGGCCCCUUCCCCCUGUGCUGGUGUGACCGGGAAAACGGCCAGCCUUGAACCAAGCAGUGCAGCCCCGGGGGGGCCGAGAACAACGCCCGUGGGAGGGUCUCCCAUCCACUCCUGGGGCGUCGAAUCCAAAGGGGAACGGGUCGAGGAAGACAGUGCAUCGUGUCUUGUCCAAGCACCACUAAAUAAAAUGACCCACCGUCCCAGCCGGACAGUACGCACGAUUGCUCGGCUGCUCAGGCCACACAAGAGGGGGUGAAGGCCGA